AUGGCGGAGAGCCGCAUCAGAAUAGGUUCCGCUGCUGAGCGGCGAACCUUUGAAAUGAUUGACGACGACGACGAGCAGCUGCGCAAAGAUCUUGUCAAGUAUGGCAACGAUGACGAUAAACGCGACAUGGCCCGCAUGGGCAAGAUUCAGGAGAUGAGGAGAAAUUUUAAAUCGCUUACCGUGUUGGGCUUUUGCGCCAUUCUCAUGUGCUCGUGGGAGUCACUCCUCAGCACCGCAUCGCUUGCCCUCACAAACGGAGGCUCGGCUGGCCUCAUCUAUACCUGGCUCAUUGCCUGGGUGGGCUUCAACGCCGUGUAUGCCUCCAUGGCAGAGAUGGCCUCGGUGGCGCCCACCACCGGCGGCCAGUACCACUGGGUAUCGGAGUUUGCGCCGCCGGGCUACCAGGCUUUUCUAAGCUAUGUCGUCGGUUGGCUUGGCGUACUUGGUUGGCAAACGCUCGUCACCUCGAUUGCGUUUCAGGCGGGCACCGAGAUCCAGGGCCUGCUGGCGCUCAACUACGACUCGUACGUGUUUGAGCGCUGGCACGGCACCAUGUUCGUCAUGGCCAUCAUCGUGUUUGCCUUUGUCUUCAACACGCUCCUGGCCUCGCGCCUCAACCUGGUCGAGGGCGCCAUCCUCGUCGUCCACAUCUUUGGCUUCUUCUGCAUGCUGGUGCCGCUGUGGGUGCUCGCGCCCCGGACGCCCAGCAGCAUCGUCUGGACGCAGUUCCACGAUGGCGGCUGGAACAGCACCGGCCUGUCCACCAUGAUUGGUCUCAUUACCAGCGUCCUGCCGCUGCUUGGGGCCGACGCAUCCGUGCACAUGGCGGAAGAGGUGCAGGAUGCGGCGCGCACCCUGCCGCAGAGCAUGAUGUGGUCCAUCAACCUAAAUGGUUUAAUGGGGUGGCUCACGGCAAUCACGUUUUGCUACUGCAUUGGCGAUCUGGACAAAGUUUUGGAAACAAAGACGGGGUACCCUUUUAUUCAGGUCAUCUUCAACGUGACCAAGUCGUACCCCGCCACCAACUUUCUCACAUCCAUUGUCCUUCUGAUGGCCACGUUUUCCUGCGUCACCAUCAUGGCAUCUGCCUCUCGGCAAAUGUUUGCAUUUGGCCGUGACAAGGGCCUUCCGGGCUCGGAAUGGCUAUCCCGGGUUCACCCCACGCUUGGCGUCCCUGUCAACGCCGUGGUGAUGUCGACGGUGAUUUCCAUACUGCUGUCGUUGAUCAACGUGGGCAGCACCGUCGCGUUCAACAGCCUCGUGUCCCUCGGGUCCGGCACCCUCAUGGUUUCGUACAUUGUCUGCAUCGGCUGCUUCAUGUGGCGGCGCUGCGCCGGCGAGGCCAUCCCGCCGGCCAAGUUUUCGCUCGGCGCAUGGGCCCUGCCCGUCAACAUUGCCGCCAUGUGCUACCUUUCGCUCGUCUUCAUCAUUGCCUUUUUCCCCGCGGUACCGCUGCCCUUGCUAAACGCCGAGUCGAUGAACUGGUCGUCGCUCAUCUUCACCAUUGUCGUGAUAUGGGCCAUGGCCUACUACUUUAUCUGGAGCCGGCACGUGUAUGAGGGCCCUGUCAAGUUUGUGAAAAAGCCCGACGAGGACAACGGGCCCAACUUGAGCCGCGCCAUCGAUCAGUCGAGGACUCUGUAA